UCACGUGUCGCGGGGCCAUCACACACUAUGAGGGUGUACUGUACGCUGGGCUGUCUGCUGGGCGUGGUGGCCGGUCUCCUGGGGGUGGUGUCCGGUAGGACGGUUAUACAGGUGGCCCACGAUCUACACGCCACCACCUUCACCUCCCUGGUGGCCAAGGCCGGACUCUCCCAUCAACUCGGCUCACAAGGACCAUUUACACUGUUUGCGCCAAGCGAUGCUGCUUUUGCCAAAAUCUCCAGUGAUGUCAUGACAAAGCUCUCUCAUGAUAAAGACCUUCUUGCCAAAGUGAUCAAAUACCACGUGGCCGCAGGCAAACAGUUAAUGUCCAGUUUCAGUAAUGAUAUUGAGAUUGGAUCAUGGGAGAAUGGUUACAAAAUUAGGAUCAAUCGCUACCAUAACGGUCAGGUGAUGACAGCAACUGGAAGUAAUAUAAGCUCACGUGAUAAUCUUGGAUCCAAUGGAGUGGUUCAUCUCCUUGAUGAUGUCAUGUUUCCGCUUCCGGAGAACAGUAUUCUACAGUACUGCGCAUCCAACCAGAACUUAACACAGCUGACUUACUCUUUUGUCCGAGCCAACCUACAGUAUGACAUUCAAGGUGGUCCCUUUACCGUAUUUGCUCCAAUAGAGGCCGCAUUUGACGCUCUUCCUACCGGGUUUCUGAACACAGAGUUUCUCACACUGUCCGCUUCUCGAAACCUCUUACAAUAUCACUACAUCCGUGGCACGUAUUACAGCGCCGGUCUGAUGGACGGAGAUAAAAUCCAAACCGUGCAGGGCACCGAUGUCGUCAUCCACAAAACAAAUGGCGCGGUGAUGGUGGAGAAUGCCAAGGUUCUACAGGCGGACAUCAAGGUCACUAAUGGCGUCGUUCACCUGAUUGACAAGGUCUUACUGGUCACAGAUCACGUGAGCGGGGAAUCACUGCCUCAGUCCAUCGGAUAAACCCGCUGUAAGGGAUCACACUUACAUCCACCCAUCUCCUACAUUGUACAUAGUCACAUAUGUUCACCUUUCAUUUAAUAAAUGUGUUUUUCUACUUAUA